ACCCAACUCUGCUUGCCGCACCAUGAGCCUGCUUGCCAUUGCCACCGAGUUUGUGGAGGAGUACGAGAAGACUGCCCAGCGGCUGAAGGUCAUUGAUGCCUUCCUUGUCACUGCUGUGUUGACUGCUGUGGUCCAGUUUGUGUACUGCAUGCUCGUCGGCACCUUCCCGUUCAACUCGUUCUUGGCAGGCUUCUUCUCGGCCGUCGGCUCGGCAAUUCUACUGGUCUGCCUCCGCAUCCAGGUCACUCCGUCCAACAACUAUGCCAUCUCGGUCGAGCGCGCGUACGCAGACUUUGUCCUCUGCAACGUCAUUCUCCACCUUGUUGUCGUCAACUUCCUCGGCUGAUCGCGCUGAUGCCCCGGCCGUCCCCCCAACAAACACUACCCUUGCAGCAG